CAAUCACACAGACUGAAAAGCUUUCUCUUUAGUAAUUAUGAUUUCACAGGAUGAAGAGACGUAUAUUAGUCAUGUAGCUGCAUCUGCAUGCAUCAAAGACACAAAAUGGUGUGCUUUAAAGCCUAUAAAGACUAAAAGUAACAAAGAGAAGAGAAGCAGAAAGCAGCCAGGGAUGGACUUUUUGUGUCCCCCUGUGCUGGUUGACAUGCUCAGUCACCACUGGAGGGACCUACAGGAUGGCUUCUCUGACCCUGCUGAGCUCAAUAAGAUUCUAGUGUUUCAAAGUGAUGAGCUCAGGUGGACUGCACAGAAAUGUGGCCUCUGGUCUUUGGAAUACAAGCAGGAGCUGACAAGUCCACUGUGCAUUGCUGCAGCACAGGGUUUUAGUGAUUGCUUACUGUACCUGCUUGAGCAUGGAGCACAUCCGAAUCUCAGUGCAGGAGGAAAGGUGGCGCUUCAUGAGGCAUGCAGCAACAGCAACACUGAAUGUGCAGAGCUGCUUUUAGAGCAUGGAGCCGAUCCCAAUCAGCUGACAGAGGAUGGUCAGGCACCUUUACAUUUAUGCAAGACACCCCAAUCACUCCGCUGUGCCAAGGCCCUGGUGCGUCAUGGUGCCAAUGUUGACCUUCCUACUGAGGAAGAAGAGGACACUCCAUUACUUAUUGCUGCAAGGCAUGGCCUGUCACGCCAUGCCCAGCUGUUCCUGCGAUAUGGAGCAAACGUCAACCACACCAGCAGCUCAGGAGAAACGCCAUUAGGUGCUGCAUGUUUGGAAGCUCAGCAAAAGCUGGGAGAAGAUCAGAAUGAGGGACACCUUCAGGUCAGCAGUAUUCUAUUGAGUUAUAGAGCUAACGUGAAUCAAGCUGACAAUGAAAAACGCACCCCUCUUCAUAAGGCAGCCCGCAAUGUCCAGAUUAGCUUGGUGCAGCUUCUUCUGGAUCAUGGGGCAGAUAUCAAUGCUAUUGAUUAUAAUGGUUGUUCACCGCUGUCGAACGUGCUACAAAACGCUAUAUUACGUCAGGAAUGGCAGCCAGAUAUUGUGGUUCAGACCCUAUUAAACCACGGAUCCAUUAAAGUCUGGCCACAGGCAUUGCUCAAGGUAUUGGCAGCCUGUGCAGCUGCUCCAAAAACUGUGGAGAUUCUGUUCAACUCCUACACUCUUGUUCCUGUAACAUAUAAGUGGGUUGAAGCUAUACCUGAAGACAUUUUUAAGCUUCACAGGUCAUUUUAUGACUCUCUUUUUGCUCUGGAAUAUAAACCACGCUCCCUGCAGCACAUGUGCAGAUCUGCACUAAGAAAAGUCUUCGGGAAAUACUGUUACUUAUUUAUCCCCCAACUUCCUGUCCCAAAGAUUUUACAAGACUAUCUCCUUCUGAAACCUGAAGGCUACAUUAACUAGAAGAGUAAAGGUUAACAGUUUACACACACUAAAAAAAAUCUUUUGUAUGUCGCUCUGGUUAAGGGCGUCUGCCAAAUGCUAAUGUUAACUUUAAUCCACCAAAUAAGAAUCUAUGAUUGGUAUGAUUAUUUCUCUUUUUUGACUAUGUUUACAUAAUAGGUGUAUGUAUAAUUACAUGUAUGGUGUUAAUGUUUAAGCUGUGCUGGAGUGUCUUUUCAGAGCCAUAUAUUGUUCACCAGUAAACAGUUUUGCUGAGAUUUUGGGGGAUUUUCCUGUAACACUGCAUGUCAUUUGUUAACAGUAUUAUGCAAAAAAAAAAAAAAAACGGCAUCUCUGUUUUUUGCUUUUGUAUUGUGUGUGUGUGUGUGUGUGUGUGUGUGUGUGUGUGUGUGUGUGUCCUUCUGUUUGUCUGUGUGUAGAUCAUUGCACUUUGUUCACAUUUAUAUAGAUAUUAUAGUCAGAAAUUGUACACUUACAAAAAACCUAGAUUUGCUGAUAAAAGAAACAACAGUCUAUUUGUGUUCUCAUUAAAACUGAAAUAAAGCAAUU